CAGUUCCUAUGACAGAAAUACUUUUGAAAAAGGCAAUAUAAAGUUUUGAAUCUUUUGCCGUUUCUUUACUUUGAAAAUUGAAUUUGAACGAGAAAUACUUAGAUAACGUUGUCAAGUUAUAAAAUGUCGCAAUGUAUCAAAAUCCUGAAAAAGAUCCACUCCAAAGAAAUACAUGUAGAUGAAUUUGGAAAAGCGAAGCAGUUUGCAUUAUUUAGCAUUGCUCGGCCGCACAUGAGGAGUUUCCAUUCAUCAUGGUUUUGUUUCUUUAUGGCUUUUACAUCAUGGUUUGGUAUCCAGCCUUUGCUACCCACAAUCAGAAAAGAGCUUCAUUUAUCUAAAUUGGACUUGGCUAACUCCGGUAUAGCAAGCGUAGCUGCCACUAUAGCUGUACGUGUUAUAAUCGGACCUCUUUGUGACAGAUUUGGUCCAAGAAGAACUAUGGCAGGUUUACUUAUGACUGGGGCUGUUCCUAUGGCACUGUCGGGGUUGAUCAAAGAUGGAACAGAUCUUAUCGUCCUGCGACUUUUUGUCGGCGUUCUCGGAGGAACAUUUGUACCUUGUCAGUUUUGGACGAGCGCCAUGUUCAGUCCUAAGAUUGUUGGUACUGCAAAUGCUAUGGUUGGUGGAUGGGGUAACCUAGGUGGUGGUUUCACAUUCUUACUUAUGCCCGGAUUGUUUCAGUUAAUGAAAGCUUUAGGAACAGAUGCAUUUCUUGCAUGGAAACUGGCAGUGGUGGUUCCUGCUGUUAUCUGUGUAAUUUUAGGGUUUUCAAUUAUAUUCACAACAGACGAUUGCCCACAAGGUCACUGGUCGAAUAGAAAACUACCAGAAAUUACAAUAAAUAUCAGUAAAGAUGAAAUUGUUCAAAACGAAAAAGGCGUCCCAAAUUUAGGAUUCCAACCCGACUUACCAUACAACGAAGAAAAACAGAACGAAGCUAUACAAGAAACAAAAGUUGAAGUUACGAAAACAAAAGACCUUUCGGAAAAGAAAGCAGAAGACUCCGAACAGAAGGGCUUGAAAUGUACAUCCGAUGGAUGCUGUACAGUUGUAACGGUAGUUAUUCUUUUUAUGCAGUAUGGGAUGUGCUUUGGAGUAGAGAUUGCCGUAAACACAGUCAUGAAUCUAUAUCUAUUAUAUCGAUUUAAAAAAGCCGAUUGUGAGCAAGGUAAUAUCCCAUUUUCUAACUCUUCAAACAUGACAACUACAAUGCAUUUGGUGCCAGAAGAAAAUGACAACGAAUGUAGUAUUUUGAACCAAGACACAGCAAGUUUAAUUGCAUCUUUGUUUGGGCUGAUGAAUCUUUUUGCAAGAGCGCUUGGUGGAGUGUAUUCAGACGUUUUGAGAAAACAUUUAAGUCUAGCAGGUCGUCUUAUUGCCCAUUUUACAUGUUUAAUUUGUGAGGGCAUCAUGCUCAUCGUAUUUAGCCAGAUAGACAGUGUUCCCUCUGCCAUUGGUGUAAUGGUUCUGUUCAGUACCUGCGUACAGAUGACAGAAGGGACUACAUUUGCGAUUGUCCCGUAUGUUUCAACAAAGCGAAUCGGUAUAGUGGCUGGAUUAGUCGGUGCGGGUGGAAAUGCUGGCGCCCUGAUUUGGAAUACAAUAUGGCGGCAAUAUGUUGAAACCGAUCCGAGUGGAUGGUUUUGGCUCUUAGGAAUCAUCGUGUUAUGUGGCAGCACUUUGACAUUUUUCAUACAAAUAUCAGGCGAAAGCAUAUGGCAUGCGUGUCUACGUUGUAAAUCAAACAAAGACAAGUAUGAAAUGUAAAAAUACCUCAUUUACAAACUAGUACAUGAUAUUGUUAUUUUUACUUCAUCUCAGUUAUAUCGUUAUUGUUUGUAGUAUCUAC